AGAAAACAUGCUAGACAGUAGUCUAGAAGAUGACAGUUUCAACUUGAGUCACAGUUGUAGAGACGAUGUUACUUCCACGUGCCAGCAAUGGGUCGACCUUCAAGUCUUACGAGUUGUGGAAUUGAAACAGCGAAAGAGAGUCGACCAUUCCAAACAUAUAAUCAAAACGAUGGAUGAGGUCCUUAGCCCUAUCUUGUUGAAGUUAAAAGCUGACAAAAUUCUACUAGAAGUCUUACAAUAUGAAAAAGAAAGAAUUGAAAUGAGCGUAAACCUUUACAAAUCUUUCUACCUGUCCCUACAAAACCAGUAUGACCGUAUGAAGGAAAAUAUUGAUAAAAUGCAGAAUAACCUGCAAGAUUACGAACAAUUCUGCCAGAUUCCUCUCGAACAAAGAAACGAGUUACUCGAACGACUGGCGUCCAUUGUCCUAAGCGAUAAUAAAGGUGUGGUGAAUGCAGUGCAAAAUUUGGUAGAAAGCACUCGCAGAGAGCACGAAACAAUGUUUGAUCAUUAUGAUCAAGAAAAAAACACCCUUCUUAAAAGUGGUAAAAAUAUAGAAGAAUCCAGCAACAUGGUGACAUGUCGUAGUUCCCGCAAUGAAGAAGUCUCUACAGAAAUAGUAGAUAGUAUUCAACAGGGAAUAGACCAACUGGACAUUGGUAUAGAAGAAGUCUCCAACGGUAUUCGUGAAGUCAUCUAUAAUAUUGCUAAUCAGGAAACAGAAUCAUAAGAAGAACUCCUGAAGAAUAUAUAAAAAGUUGUUUCUAUUGUUGAUGUUUAAAACCUGUACACUCCAAAGUUUGUACAGGAAUUUUCAACUCAUGUUUAAACUUCGUCGUUUGUAAAUAAUAUUUAAUCCACCAUCUCCCAGGUAGUUUAUUUUUUCAUCUGUUUAAGUGGUACUAUUAAGGAACAGUAAUUUUUUUAUUAUUAAACUAUGAUAAUAUGUA